AAAAAUGCAUCUCGUCGAUGAUGGCAAAGGAUUUCGGUCGGAAUGGGAGGCAUUGACGACUUAUAAAUUGAUUAUCUUAUGCGGUGGAUGUUGUUGGGCACUGUUCAUCGUGUCAUUCGGGCUCUACAAUUAUUGUGCAAUUUCGAAGCCACUGCCGGCUGUCUCAUUUGAUGAUGCACUUGGUGGGGAAGAAGAAGCUCUGAUCGGAUCGAAAUCUCAGAAAUCGCAAAAGUCAACCAAACAAACUGCGAGCUCCCGUAAAUGAUUCAUUGUCAACUUGUAGUAUUUUUCCGAAUAAAUUUCGUUCUCGACU